AUGGCUUCUCAACCCUGCGAGCAGAGUCGAGUCCAUUUCAGAAAGAAGAUGGCUGGUUUCUCAGCCACGUCGAGGCAGCUCUAUCAACUGGGAAUCGGUCAGCUUGCAGAAGGGCUGAACAAAAGGGAGCAAAAACCUGGAAAGAAACCCGGAAAGUACAUCUGCCACUACUGUGGGAGAGCCUGCGCCAAGCCUAGUGUCCUGAAAAAGCACAUUCGCUCUCACACUGGUGAGAGGCCCUACCCAUGUGUCCCAUGUGGGUUCUCCUUUAAGACUAAGAGCAAUUUGUACAAACACAGAAAGUCUCACACACAUGCCGUUAAAGCUGGCUUGCUGGCACUGUCAGAGAAGGACGCACAUCCCUCCGGCAUGGAUCAAGAGCUUCUGGCAGCGGAAGGGGAGAUGCAGUCGGAUGCUGAACAGACUACAGACACAGACGAGGAGGGCUCUGAAGAUUUGUUUCUGGACUGUGUGAGCUCAUUUGAGGGCACUGAAGGGAAGUGGACUAAAGAGUCACCUGGCAUACCGUCUGUGAAGGUGACCACGCCAAGUGCCACCAGAAAAGAAAUCAUGUCAGAGUCAGGAAAGGUGUCUCUGUCCCGGUUCAGGGAAAUGAGAGCUACUCCAUCUAUAACUGAGGUUGAGCAGGCCGUGGAGUCCUGCACCAUCAAGCAGAAACUUGCUCUCCGUCUCUCUGAGAAAAGAAGCCAAGACUCUGAGCACUCUCUGUCUCUCCCUAGCUCCAGCAGUAAAGGGAGUACAGACUCUGGCUAUUUCUCUCGCUCAGAGAGUGCAGAGCAGCAACAUACAAACUCUGUUAGCAGAAUGGGCUCCAUAGAAAGGCAUGGUGAAAGUGAAUCUCAUCCCAGGGACAAAAGUCCACAAACAAUGGCAGAACAAAGUGAUGUAAAAACUAUAAAAAGAGAGACACAGAUGAAUGUUCCGUUCAGUUCAAGUCAGUUCAAGGACAUUAAGUCAUCACAGCCAGGAUCUGAACCACGCAAAUUAACUGGUCAACCUAGUAUCCAAGUUCCUGAAAUCAGGGUGACAGAAGAACCAGACAGAUCUCCAAAGCCCGCUGAGGUCCAGGUCAAGCACCGUGACAAGCCUGUAGAGGAGUUUCAGUGGCCCCAAAGAAGUGAAACGUUGUCUCAGUUUCCAGUGGAGAAGCUACCACCAAAAAAGAAAAGAAUACGAUUAGCAGACCUUGAAUACUCUUCGGGCGACUCAAGUUUUGAAUCUGCCUGUACGAGUCUCUCCAGGAGUCCAAGUCAAGACAGCAACUUGUCUCACAGCUCAAGCUUCUCAUUGUCUCUUGAUAGAGACGAGGGCCUUGUUUCAGCACCAGUGACAAAAUUAGAUGAGUAUGGCAAACCUUUGGAGUUCUUGUCCGUGCCAGGAAGUGGACACACUCUUUCCAUACCUGGUGAACACCGGCAGAAGGAGAUGAGGCGAUCUGCUUCAGAACAGGCUCCGUUUAUCUCAGCAGCUGAACUGCCAGAUUUACGAAGCAAGUCUUUUGACUAUGGAAGUCUCUCCCCUACAUCCAGGUCCAGACAGGGCGAGUCCUAUGCCAGUGGGGUAAAACAACGCAGAAGAGGUUACCUGGUGAGACAGGCAUCAUUGAGUGUUGACCCAGAGACAUCGACACAAGAGAAAAGUGUUGAUAUUUCUGCCAAACAAGAUUCAGAGUCCAUGUAUCAUAAUCCAAGUUCUGUCUCAGAUUCCUCUGCAACUAGGUCGAGUAAGAUCUCCACAGACCUAGAGCACCCAGGCUAUAUUCAAGCCAGCAGCCCUGAAGGAGCAGUUGAGAUGCAGACUGGAACACCAUCUCCCGACAAGCAACUCUUACAUGGCCAUGAGACCAUACCAUACUCUUUUAUUCCAAGAAAUUUGGCCUCGCUCCUGCCAGCAACAUCAGGGCACUUCUGGAAACCUGAUCCCCUCCACAUUCUUCCAUGGCAUCAGUUACAAGAUCUUCAGACCAGACAACUCCACCUGCAGUCAAAGGAGAGUGUUUAUUCACAAGCUAAAACUCCAAUGGAUGCAAAGUCACCAACAGAAGACUUGUCCAAGAGUCUAAAGAGGGUCACAUCAGCCACUCAUGUAUCAUCAGAGGCACAUCUAGCACCUGUACCUCCAAACCUCCAAUCCCUCCAGUCACCCUCUGCCUCGCUGGUUCCUGUAAGAAUUCAAAUGCAGGUGCCAUCCCAUGGAAGCAUCACCUACUCCAGUUUGUCUCAGAUUUUUGACAGCCAAACAAGGAACAUCGGCUCUUCACUGGUGUUUUGUGGUGCUGCCUCUCAGGGCUCUUUAGCCAGUAUUGCUAUGAUGCAAGGGAUUGGGUUUGACAUAACUCAGGUCUCUGGACAACCUAGUGGACUUCUGUACAACCCAGAGCUAUCUCCAGCCAGACUUAAGACAGGCAUACCUCUGUCCUUGACCUCCAAAACUAUCUCAACCACUGAGGCUCCUAGCGGUGGAAGAGUGAAACGCAUGCUUUCUCCCGCCAGCAGCAUAGACCUCUUUAUGGAAUCAAAACAACAGAAGCGAGUCAAAGAGGAGAAGAUGUAUGGUCAAAUUGUAGCAGAGUUGAGUGCCGUGGAACUUGGAAAUCCUGAUAUAUCACAGCAUAAGGAUACAAUUAAGGAGGAGAGAACACAAAGAGGAAUAUCUCCAUCCUUGUCAGAUAUAUCCAGUUCUUCUAUGUCUGAUAUACAAUCCCAACUGCAAGACAAGCCCAUGAUAUCACCACUCAAGUUCCGCUAUUCUUCUGAUGGUGGAACAGAAUCUCCACAAAACAUAGAUGUUGAUGAACCUGAACAAGAUUCCAGACCGCCGUCUGAUACAACUCUCGCUAUCAGUUUGGGCCAGGAGGUGAGCGAUGUGCAGAAACUGAUUGCCAGCCACGGAUUUGGUGCUGCUAUGCUGCUUGCUGAUUUUGCCAACGCGCAACUCUUCUCAAAGUUUCCAAGUCUUCACACAACAACAUGUGUGAGUUGGUGCUACCUCCAUUCUACCAAGCCAAACAGUGCCCUGGCUGCUCCACUGUUUUCAGUAUAUGCCACAUGGUGCGUCAGAUCCUUUGACCCAAACCCACCCAAUCUGGCAACCAAAACAACAUUGGCUCUUCUUCACACCAAGCAGAAAAAGCACUCUGAUAUUUACACCAUUGCAGCAGCCUAUCAACCUGGAAUACUUGUGUCUUCUCUCCUCUGGAAGCAAAGAUUUGGAGAGCUCCAGGGAAAGCCAGACCUUGGAGAGGAGGAGAUGAUGACAUACAAGCGGGCUGUGAAGGGAAUCAGAUCUGGUAAUAAAAACGUGAUGGAGGAUCACAAGGAGGAGACACCACCAAAGCAACCUGAACCAACCCGUAUCAAAAUAUUUGAGGGAGGAUUUAAGUCCACUGAAGACUACGUGUAUGUUCGAGGUCGUGGCCGGGGAAAGUAUAUCUGUGAGGAGUGUGGGAUUCGUUGUAAGAAACCUAGCAUGCUGAAGAAACACAUUCGCACUCAUACAGACAUCAGACCGUAUGAGUGCAAAUCCUGUCAUUUCGCCUUUAAAACUAAAGGAAACCUCACCAAACACAUGAAGUCCAAAGCCCAUAUGAAGAAAUGUCUGGAGCUUGGGGUAUCCUUCACAUCAAUAGACAGCAUAGAUGACGCUGACAAUUCAGAGGACAUCUUGAGGGCAACAGGUAAAUCAAGGUCAAUGGGUUCUGCGAUCAAGCAUCAGUUUUCCGAUGUGGAUGACUCUGAUGGUGCUGAUGAUGACGGAGAUGAGAUAGAUGAGGAUGAUGAUGAUGACGACGACGAAGAUGGUUCCACUCCGAGAACUCGUUCAAGAAGCACCAGUCCCUUGCCAUGCGCCAUCAACUCCCCGCAUUUCCCCAGCUACCUCUCCCAGCUUCCCAGCAUCCAGGUCCACCCGUCGGCCUGCAGCAGGGAGAGAGACGCCCACAUCCGACAAGGAGGGGAGGCGGCAAGCGAGCUGCAGUCUCGCUUGAGCGAGCAGAGGCCUGGGGACGACGACAGCGUAGCCAUGUCCUCCCGUCACGGCUCCAUGUCCUUCCACUCCAACACCUCGUAUCUGCUGUCAUUACCCCGAGACGUGUCUCUGACCCCCCAGCGGAGCCUGGCUUUAACACCUCACCGAAGCCCGUCUCCCAGAGGAAGGGGGGACUGCUCGCCACAAGGAGGCCUGUCGCCGAGGGCCGAUUCAACCUCAUUAAGGGCUGUCUCCCCCAAAAGAGACGUGUGUUUUGGAAGGGAUUCGUCGCCGCUCCAGCACCUGUCCCCGGGGUCUCUGUGCAGGGCACUGUCUCCUGGGCACGAAGGGGCGAUGAGGCGCGAGCUGUCUCCCAGGGGACGCCAGCGGGGCAUGCUCAGGGCCGUGUCCCCGCGCCGGGGAUCCCAGCACAGCAGGGCGCCGUGGGAACAGGGAAGAGGCGCGAGACUGGACACAAGCCCUCACGGACGGUCCGCUACUCUGCUCUCACAUUCUGGCAUUGAGGCACAUAAACACAGCACUCUACAGCCCCUCCACCUCCCCAGUGGAGACACGCCCAUCAGAGGCCAGCUCUCCGGCGGUCACGCUGACCUCUUCAGCCACCUGCCCCUGCACUCCCAGCAGCAGGCUCGGCCUCUGCCCCUGAUGCCAGUGGGGGGCAUCCAGAUGCUGCCUGCCCGGGCCCCGGCUGCCGCGACGCCUCACCCCUCGAGCUCGCCCCAACAAAGCCCGGUGGCGGAGGAGAGCGGUGCCAGCCCACCGAGCGCCCCCAUGAAUGAUCUAGAAAUGGAGCCUCCGGGGCAGCAGGGGGCGACAGCCCUCAGCCCUCAGGACUCCGACAGGAGAGACAGGGAGGCUGCCCCGAGUAGCAGCGGCGAGGCCCAAUCAGAGGAGAGCGUCCAGACCUGCACUGAAGCCAUCGCCUCUCUCAGGAUCACUGCGGAGGAGAAGUCUGCUAAGAGCUGAGCUGCACUGCUGUCACACAGAACAAUCAGAAGAAGGUAGAUACAGGGAAAGAGGGAAAAGGGAUUUGGGGGGUGGGGGUUGGUGAAGGGAUAUGAGGUUGAGACAGGUGGAUAGAUGGAAGUCAGUUGGGAAAAAAGGAGAGGGAGAAUGGGAUAAAUUCUUUGAUGGAAUUUUAGGUGCAAUAUGUGGCAAAAAGAAAAAAAAAAACUUAUGCAAACUACCUUGCUUGUCCUUGCACAUAAUUCAUAGAACACAUGCAGUCAUACUCACUUACAGUACAUACACGCAUAAACACACAUGCCUACAUUUGAUAAAUCUGUUUGUAAGUCAUUUCAUUAUUGAAAGGCUAUGGCAAUAUUGGGAUUUAAUCAAUUCAAAGUCCCUACUAAGAGAGGAGGUUUGUAGGUUACUUAAAUAAUGUUAGAUUGGAUUCAGUUUUGGUACAUUUACAAGAAUGACUGAUGUUUGUGCCUUUGCUAUACUGUUUGCCCUAUACUGUUUAGGGGAAGCGUACCUAUUGAGCACACCCAUUUUCCUCCUUACUUAGCUUAGUCAAAAUGGUUCAUCUGAAUAAUGUACCAUAAAAUAACAGUUUUCACUAUUAAGAAUGAAAUGAAAAGGCGGGGCUGGGGAUGCCUGUCUUUGGUAUCUUCCGAGUCCAACCGUGUCUAUUACCUUAUAUAUCCACUACAUUACUGUUGCCAUUAUACUGAAGGGUAGACAGAUUUCUAUCUAUAAGACAAACACACAAAUAGUCAUGAAACAAAUCUCAAUAAAACAAUAUUAGAUUUCACAGCAUUUAUUUUCAUUUUAAUUAAAAAAACAAUGUGUCAUUUGGUCUGUGAGCUUAAUAAGUAUGCUUCCCCUACAUCAGAGUAUUAAAAGAGAUGGUUGUAUACUGUAUUGUGUUGAUGCACUUGAUUAGAAUAGCUUGAGUCUGAGAGACAUGAGGUCUUAAUGCAACUCUGUUUGCACUGGUAGCUUUUUUAAAGAUUUAAGUGAUACAGCUACUAUUGCGGAUUGCUACGUGAUGCAGUUCUUGUUUCAUACUUUACGCUGUACUUUUUCUCAGUGUUGUGCAAGACCCUUUAUUCAAAACUUUCUGUAGGAGAGAAAACUAACAGUAUUUGAGUUUAUUGCUUGGUCUAAAAAAGCAGAUAUUGUAACAUUAUGACAAUGCUUUAUGAUUGAGUUUUUUAUGUCAAUCAACCAGUAUAAUGCUGCUGUUGGGAUUUAUAUUUUGUGUAGCCAGCUUUCAGCCUGGGACUGGGAGGGUGAAGUAACCAGCUGAUAUCACACAACUGACUGAGUGAGAGGCCUGGGCCGUUGAUUUAUUUCUUGACUUUUUCAAAUUGAAAGAUGGUGGUCAACGCCUCUGCACUCAGCUGACCUCAGUCCCUACUGCAACUGGACACACAAGUAGCCAACAUCUACCUGAGCAUUGCAUCUUUAUGGGAAUAGUGUUGUCAUACCCGUUUCAAAUACAUAUAACUAGAACAGUAUCUCACAAAGUGUACAUGCAUAAGGUUUUACAGUUGACUAUUAAAUAUACUACAUGUAUAUGGCAUAUGGUCAUAAUAUAGCUCUAAAUUAUUCUCAAUGAAUACUUCAUAAACAACUCAGAUAUGUGUUUUGUAUACGUGUGAUGCUGGGGAAUUUCAUUUAUCAAGGGAUUAACUAAGCACUUUCUCUAUUUUUAUCACUCUCCUUAAUCACUAAACUGGAUUCUUAGAGUUUAGAGUCAUAUUUCUUAAAUCACUGAAAAUCAUGGAAUUUUAUGAUAUUUAACAUUCCAGUUAGUGUUCAUGUGACAUCCCUUUUGUAUACAUAUGAUGUGGUCUUGAGAUGAUGCAAUCUUCAUGCUUAUAUCAGCUGAUAACUGUACUGUAUUUAUUUGUUUGUUGUCAAGUUUGACACAAGGUACAAGGUGAAAUGACAUAUUUAAUUCCAGGGGGAAAUGUUUUUUAUUGUGGUCUCUUAUAUCCAACUUAAUUAUACAUGUACUGUAAUAAACUGUACUCAUUAAUUGUAUAUGUAUGUAUACAUAUAUAUUUUGGAUGUAUGCAACUUGAUUGUUCAUAAUAUUUGCAUCAUUGUAUUUAAUUAACCGUGUCCUUUUAUUCAACACAUUAAAAAAACACAUGCAUUUA